AUGCUUAAGCGCAAAGCCCAAGAGCUCAAAGAAGAUGUUACGGCGGAGGUUAAGGAUGAAGAGGAGAUUGGGGAAGAAGAAGAAGAGGGACAAGAGGAGGAGGAGGAGGAGGAAGAAGAAGAGGAGGGUGAGGAUGAUAGGGAAAGGGACGAUGGGCAAGUGGAGAAUGAAAAUGAAGUUGAAGCUGAAAGUGCGGAUGAAGAGGAGGACACAAAGAGCUUUAUCCAUGGCUUCCAAAGUGGGUUUUCUAGGGGUUGGCGCGAGGGUCAAAAAAGUGCCGGCAAAGGGCGUAAGUCCAGAGCGUCACAAACACAAGAUUUGGACAUAUCCAUGCCCGAUGCUCCACCGACAGAGUCACAAGAGCGAAGAACAGAAACUUUUACGAGAUGGAGAUCGCCCCAGCAAAGCUCAGGGAGCUCUAAUCCAAAUCAUUCUAAAUCAUCGACAUAUCAAAGCAGUGACAAAGAUCACCACCCUGGGGAUGGACGAAGCUCUAAGAGCCCUGAAAUAAUUCAGCAAAUGUCUGAGAGCUCUGGUACAGUUCAAGCGCAAAGUAUUGGUAGCUCUAUUUCGCCUGCAGUAACGGAGGCGAUUUCGAAGGUAAGCAUGGCAGGCAGAUCACAAAUCGCCACAGAUAAGAAAGGAACCAAGGAUGGAUUUUACGCCUACGGGGAUGCGAAUGACGAUUCAGAAGACAUCACUUCGAAUGAACUAUAUAAUAUGCUUGAAAUCCGCCGUGGUAGUAAUGAUUAUUCCAUCAGAUCCUCACAUGUUGAUCCCCCACCUCUAUACUCAGCUAGGCCACCUGACGUUGAAAUCCGUGAGAGUAAUGACACUGCUGUUAUAUCCUCGAAUGAUUCAGACUCUGACCAACCUGAGGUUGAAGUCCGUCCUGGACCAAACAAAUUACAAGACGGUGGGCAUAACCCCUUCAAGGAUCAAGGAGAGAACGAGGAUGAAGAAUCAGAAGACAUCAGUUCGAAUGAAUUGUAUAACAUGCUUGAGAUCCGCGACCAACCUGAGGUUCAGAGUGAAUCUGGGCCAGAGAAAUUGCAAACAGGUGGAUAUAACCCAUUCGGGAAUCAAAGAGAGAACGAUGAUGAAGACUCAGAAGAAGAGGACUUGUAUAACAUACUUGAAACCCGUGACCAACCUGAGGUUGAAAAUUCAGGUAGAGGUUCCGAGAGAGGCUCUGGCCCACCUAACAACGCUACCUAUAUCGGUCCAAGGUCUACGGGGCAAACUAGGGGUUCUAUCAAUGGCAAGUCAUCUUCAAGUGGUGACUCUGAAUUUGACGAGCCUGAAGUGUCACUCGAAAUUCGUGGUGAUAAUGAUUCCGACUCCGACCGAUCCGAGGUUGAGAUUAUUGAUGACAAUGAUCCUAUCGAGCAAUCUUCAAGUGACGAGUCUGAUUCUGAAGAGCCUGAGAUUUUACUUGAGAUCUGUGGUGAUAAUGAUUCAGACUCCGACCGACCUGAGACUGAAAUGAUUGAUGAAAAUGAUUCCGACUUUGACGAACUUGAAGAUAAGCCUGAAAUCCGUGAUGAUGACUCCGACUCUGACCGACCUGAAAUUGAAAUAAUUGAUGACGACGAUUCUAUUGAGCCAUCUUCAAGUAUUGACUCUUCAAGUGAAGACUCCGGCUUUGACCGACUUGAAGUUGAAAUCAUUGAUGACGAUGAUCCUAUCGAGCCAUCUUCAAGCGUUGGCUCUUCAAGUGAAGACUCCGACUCUGACCGACCUGAGAUUGAAAUUAAUGAUGACAAUGAUUCUGUCAUCCGAUAUUCAGAUUCAGAUAGCGAUUUUGAGAGAGGCUCUAUACAUAUGAGUCCACCGGCUCCACAUGAAAAAGCUACCCAUAUCGGUCCAGCACGUCCAAAUAGACUUGUAGGGACUCGAAGACAUCAAGGCCGGAUCGACUUCAUUCUUUCAGGUAUUGAUGAACGGUGUAUCUAUUAUGACUAUGAAGGCAGAUACGGCACUCGACAGGCAAGACACGUUAUCACUGUAAAAUGGAUGGGAGAUGGUCCACCACCCAAAAGGUGUCGCACAGACGAUGGUGAAACCCUCAGAAAACGCCGCUCUAGCAAUGAUGAAUCUGGUCCAUUGUUGAAGCGCCAGCGAAGAAACUAA